AUGCUGGCGCAAUUGCCAUGGCCUGUUGGCCAUCUUCUCCAUGCUUCCUGGGCGCUGCACAACGUCGAGGAUCCAGACUUCGACAGUGUCCACGCAUUGGCCCGCCUCCGUAGCACCGAUCUCAUCGACUAUUCUCCCGUGGAUGUGCACGUUCUCUUCGAGGAAGAUCAUCCACUCGAUGUUCUCUACGCCUUUGUGGACCUGCACGAAGAAGUCCAGCAAGCGGUCCAGCUGUAUGCCCAAUGCAUCAAUGCUGUCACCCAAAUCCUCGUCAAUCCAUGGGCACAGGUCACGCCGGUGAUACUCUCGCCGUCCGAGUAUGCCCGCAUCGCGAGCGCUUUCUGGACUUUAAAAAUCUUCUACCAGCUAGACCGGAAGUUCUUUCAUUAUCGGGAGAACCACGAGCUCAGGCAGGUCUUCGUAUCCAAGCUCCGCCCUUGGCAGUUGGAGCAGGUUUGGUCCGUCGAACAAUUUCUGCAAGACUGCAUGACAGGUAGGCUUUCACCAUUCUACCGCGUCAUCGACAAAGAAUCUCCCCCGAAAGAGCUACUAUUGGAGCAUUCCCUCUAUUUUCGAAACUACUGCCGACUCCAAUAUCAACUGUCGUCCGAACUCUUUCCCUUUGGCCAGGACAGGUUUCGCCAAACUGUUCAAGCGAGCCGCGCAGCCCAGCAGUUGAUUAGUGCCUCAUGGAAUCGUGCAUCCUGGGAAGUCGACCUUGAACCCGUGCCAUCCAGCGCCUACGAUCAGCUGCGAAACCAUGGAUGGCUCUGCUACGACUCAGUGUUGAAAAGUAGCUGGAUCCCUUCCUUUAAGCUUCUCUUAUUCUUCUCCGAUUUUGGUUUGUUCUUCUGGGACUACGAACGACUAGCGCAAUUGAACUUGGCCGAACCGAGCGAAUGCAUAAUUGCCUUGGAAGACUUCCAGCAACGCGUUGCCGAAGCGUCUCGGCUGGCCCGCAGACACAACCGUCCAUUAUAUCCGAACGAGCAACACCUCGAGAAGGAAAAAGCCAGACUGAUUAUCCAGUGGACGCGUUGCCGUGUUCCGUGCGCCUUCGAGGAAUUCUCUCGCCAGGAAACUGUUCUCUCCCAUUGUGAAGCUGGUCUCGCCCGUUAUGCAUGA